UCUGAGGGUCACCCAAGCGCCGGAGCCAUGGACGCCAACCUGCCGGGCACCUUCCUGCUCAACGGCCCCUCGCUGGGCCCCUUCCCCGAGGCCAAGGCGCCCGUCUGCCAGUACUCGGUGCAGAGCUCCUUCUACAAGCUGGGCCCCCCCGGGCUUGGCACCCAGCUGGCUGCCGGCACCCCCCACGGCAUCUCCGACAUCCUCGGCCGGCCGGCGGCGACGCCGAACGGCGGCCUUCUCCCCGGCUACCCCCACGCGGGCGGAUUUAACGGACUGAGCUCCCCGGGCGUCUAUUACGGGCCCCAGGUGGGGGCCCUCCCCAAGGCCGGCGGCGAGUACCUGCCGCGGGGCCGGAGCUGCUGGGCAGAGGCGGCCCCGGACUGGCGGGGCGGCCGGCAGUGCGGCGGCCCCCCUGCUCACCUGGCUGACAGCAUCCACAAGAAGAAGCACACGCGCCCAACCUUCACGGGGCACCAGAUCUUCGCUCUGGAGAAGACUUUUGAGCAGACCAAGUACCUGGCAGGUCCGGAGAGAGCACGGCUGGCCUAUUCCCUUGGCAUGAGUGAGUCCCAGGUGAAGGUCUGGUUCCAGAACCGACGGACCAAAUGGAGGAAGAAGAGCGCCCUGGAGCCCUCCUCGUCCUCGCAGCGGGCGGGGGGCUCUGGCGGAGAGCGGGCGGCCUCCGAGACCGAGGACGACGAGUACAACAAGCCCCUGGACCCAGACUCGGAUGAUGAGAAGAUCCGGCUGCUGCUGAGGAAGCAUCGUGCGGCCUUCUCAGUGCUGGGCUUGGGCACGCACAGCGGCUGAGCACCGGCACAGCCCGCCCCUCUGGGUCUUGGGGUGCCUGGCCCGGCUGCCUGCUUCCUCCCAGGGGGGUGACAUCCCCCCCCUGCCCCAGCAGAUGCCCGUCUGUGGGGCCGGGGCGGCUGCUGCCCCCCUCCUGGUGGCUCCUGGCCAGGGAUCACGGCUUGCGGGGCUGGGAGCAGCAUGCGUGGGCAGCGUCAGGCGCGGCCGUGCUGUCGGCAUUGAUGAAAUAAAGGUCCCGGCCCCAGCCAAGUCCCAGCGCUUGCUUCGUGGGCGUGCGGUCCAGGGUGCCCUCAUGGGGCUGGGCCGGAGAAGGGGCUGGGAUAGCACGUAUGGGGCAGGGUCUGCGUGCCAGGCAGGGGAAGGGGCCGUGGCUGUGGUGCUGCGUGUGGGGCAGGAAGAGCCCACAGGAGCGGUGCAGCCUUGGGGACAUUUCCCAGGGUUUUCCCCAGUUUGGGCGUGUACCGGCAGCGAGAGGUGCUGGUUCAAAAGUCACUUGUUGGGGCCUCUUGUUGGAACCUC